GUCACAACGCGCUUCUUUGUUAUCCUUGCCUUUCAAGCGACGAUAUCAAUUCAUGCUUAACUUCUUCCACAUUGAGGAUCCAUACUUCACAUGUGACCUGUGACGCGAUGCGUCACUACUUAUUAGGAUGCCUCCGAUUGUAAUACUUGAUUCUGACGACGAAGACGAGGAUGGCAGCUUUUCUCCGCCUCCAAAUAUACAGGCACCAUUCUCAUUUGGACCAGCCGAAAUUGAAGCUCAGACUGAAGCUGCGAAUGAUUCUUCUGGAGGUGUAAGCCGUGCGACGACAUCAACAAACCCGUCAUUCUUUCAAAAUAUUUACAAUGAGCAGAAUGAUGCAGCGCGUGGUUACGUUCCAGAACCGACGGCCAGAUCACAUGAUCAGGAUCAACAUUCAGUCUCAAGCUCUGAGAUGACAGCGCCAGCACCUUUCAAAAGAACUGUAACGGGACUUAUUGAACCUUCUUCAAUACCAUCUGCAAGAGAACAAACAACAAAAAGAGGACAGACCAACGGAAACGGGCCAGAUGAAUGGACUCAGGCCUCAACACCAGGCAGAAGAAAGGCACCCAUGGCUGUUAUGGACGAUAUGUGGGAUGUACCGAGUUCACCUGAUGAGCGUCCUGUUAGGCCUAAGAUAAAGCUCAAAGUCAAGAGUUCAAAGGCUCACUCUGACUCUACCUCUGACUCGCAUCACGCGCCAGAGUCGGAUAAGGUGGGAAAGGUCCCAAGCUCUAAGUCUGGGCGAUCAGAUGCUUCACCUUCAGGCAAGAAGCGUAGGAAGGUCAACCAUCCAGAGCCUUCUUUCCAAGGUUCCAACGAUGUUGACUUGGUUGCUAUCCCUUUCAGUCAUGAAAAUGAAGGAGAAUACCAUGAGUCCCAGCCAGCGCCAACACCAAGCAUGCUCCCGCCAACAUUACCAGUCAAUCAAGAUGAUUCUUUCUUCAUCACCACAAACCCGCUUACUGAUGCCAAAAAGCUGGAGUACGAGAGUGUGCAAUUGCCUUCUAGUGACAGCCAGAAUCACCAACUCCCCCCGGUCCGCCAGUUCGAAAUCAAUCUUGCUUCAAGCGGAGAUGCAACAAACAUCAACACCCCCAGAAGCCAUGCUCAUUAUCUCAUGAGUACUGCUCCUCCUCCGCCUUCAAGUGUGAUGGAUCCAAACAGAGCAACAAUUGGGCAAGCCACUGGAAAUAGAUGGGAUUCAUCUCCUGACGUCAUCUCCGCCAUCGAUUCGCCUCCCAAACAAAAGGCAACGAGACAACUAGAACAAACAAGGAAUGGUGACUCAACCGAGCCCGCAAAUAAUGAGAUUACACAUGAGCAGCAACCAGAACAACCGGAGCUUCCAGUCAUGCAAGAAGAAGCGUUUGAUAAUUAUGAGCCUGAAAAGGUGGCAAAGACAAAGAGAUCAAGAGGUCGGCCGAAGAAGAAGGCUGUCGAAGAGCUCGCAACCGUGAUAGAAGCACCUUCGCUCCAGUCAGAAGUUGUCACGCCUGUCGCAAAAUCCAAGAAGCGUGGGAGGCCACGAAAAUCAGACCAAACGGAAACAAAGGAGGAGAGUCCAAAUAUCGAUCCAUCAGCGUCUACCAACGAUGCUUCACUAUCUGAAGAUGCUGUGCGGCCAGAGAAAAAGGCCAAGAUAGCUAUUGAGAAGUCGGAAAGCAAAGAUGAGCUAGCAGAGGAGAGCGAAGUGGAACCUUCAGUCAAAAGCAACAGCCGAGAAAGUCCUAUCCUCAAGGAAUCCGACCCAAACAUCAUGGCCAAAUCUGUCUCUAGUUUGGAUGAUGACGCGGCGUCCAAACUAUCAGAUGUUGCAACAGAAGAGAAGGAGGAGAAACCAGAGAAACCAGCGAUUACAAGCAGAAGCUCAACACCCUCCAAGGGACUGUCAGCAAUCAUCAACAAGCCCGUCUAUCGAGUUGGAUUGAGCAAAAAGUCCAGGAUUGCGCCUUUGCUGAAGUGUUUGCGUAAGGAGUAAAGACUGUUGGCUUGUUGGGACUCGGCGAGGAUGGUGGCUUGAUGCUUGCAUUUUUGGCGUUGUAUGACUUACAUCUGGUCUAUGAACGACCCUGGCUGGCUUACAUUCGAUAUUGGUUGCUCGGGGAGGUGAAGUUACAGGCGGUGGGUUAAGAUGCCCGCCUUGAUUAAGCAUGGCGUUCUGGUAAUCAUAUUAUGGACAUCAGGGUAAUAGUAGCUAGGAUCAUGAUGGUAGACUACUUGCUUCUGCUUGCAAUGGAACAUAUGUUGGAAGCAUGUUUAUUGCUACAUUGCAGCCAGCAUAAAUCAACAAUUUGUGCAUUCA